UCGCUGUGCCCCAGCACCCCCGGUGUUCCUGUCCAGCAUGGCCAAGCGCUCGCUGCUGCUGCUGCUAGCCGUGUGGGUGCUGGCCGGGGAGCUGUGGCUGAGCGCGGAGGCCCGUGCGCCCUACGGAGUGAGGCUUUGCGGCCGAGAAUUCAUCCGGGCGGUCAUCUUCACCUGUGGGAGCUCCCGGUGGAGACGGUCGGACAUCCUGGCCCGUGAAGCUACAGACACUGACUCUGACACAGACAGUGAGCUGGAUGAAGCAGCAGCCUCCAGCACAUGGCUGGCCCUGACCAAGGACCCCCGGGCUUUCACUGAAGACCGACCUGGCUGGCAGGGAACUCCAGGGGCUCUGCGAGGUGGCCGCGAUGUCCUGGAUGGCCUCUCUAGCAACUGCUGCAAGUGGGGGUGCAGUAAGAGUGAAAUCAGCAGCCUCUGCUAGACCAGUGACUGGGCGGCCAGGCCCAGGGGCCAGCUGGGCCCCUGUCUCUGGCAGGUCAUGCAUGCAGUCAUCAGGAAGUCAGGGGUGUGCACUUGUCCAGAGUCCCCCCCAACUAAUGACCCUAACCUUUGAUCAGCCUCUCCUAAACCUAAGCAAAUUCCCCCUACCUGGCCAAAUGAGAACCUCUGACCUUGACCUCUGACCUCUCCUUCGGUCACAUCAUGCCUUUGCCUGGCCUAUACUGUUCCCUGCUGCAGCGGCGCCCCUAUUGUACCGAAACUGGCCACAUGGGCACCUUGGCCCAAACUUGUGAUUCUCCCUUGCCCCACCUGUGGCCACUCUUCCGCAUUAAGCCCCUGCUCCAUUCCAGCCUUGACUCAUUGCCUUCUCCCUGCCUUCCAGCCCCUCCCCCUCCACCCCCACCGGCUGGGGUUCUAAAGCUGUGGACCCUAGAAUAAUGGUGGUCCCCCUGCACCCACACUGGAGGGCGGGGAGGCUCGGUGAGGGGACGGAUCGACUCCAACAAUAAAAGUUCCAAAGGAC